GGGCCUCGGGAGUGCGCACGCGCGGAGGCCAAGGCCUAGCGGGAGCGGGCGCCGGUGCGGGCCGGGAGGCUCGCGUUCCCCGCGCGGUGGAGAUGCCCAGCGGCGGGUGGCGGCCCGAGGACGGCGCGGGGCUGCGCUCUGCGGACGCCUCGGCGCUGCGCAAGGACGACCUCGGCAGCAGGAUUAAAGAACAAAAAAUUGUCGUGGAUGAACUUUCUAACCUGAAGAAGAACAGGAAAGUAUAUAGGCAGCAACAGAACAGCAACAUAUUCUUUCUUGCAGACCGAACAGAAAUGCUUUCUGAAAGCAAAAAUAUACUGGAUGAACUGAAAAAAGAAUACCAAGAAUUAGAAAACUCUGAGAAGACCAAAAUCAAGAAAGAGUCAACUUGAUUUCACAUAACAAU